UUUUUUUUUAAUUUCUUUCGUGUUUUCCUUGAAUAUUGGAAGAGCCAUUCUUUCAAUUUUGUACAGUAUCCUAGAAGAAUAAAAAAGGUCCCCCCGUUGGGAAAUUCUGAGUUCUGGGGUUUGUGAGCUAAUCGAUUAUUCCUUGGAAAAUUUUGUUUUGUUUUUUUUUCUGUUUGGGUGGUUUUUAGUUUGUAGAAAGUUGGGUUUUUUGUUUGGAGAAAUGGAUGAUGAAUAUGCUAAGCUUAUCAGGAGGGUGAACCAACCCAGAGUUGUGAUUGACAAUAAUUCUAGUGAGGAUGCCACUGUUAUCCAGGUUGACAGUGUCAACAGACAUGGAAUUCUCCUGGAAGUUGUCCAAGUGCUUACUGAUAUGAAUCUUGUAAUAACAAAAGCAUACAUAUCAUCUGAUGGAGGAUGGUUUAUGGAUGUCUUUAAUGUUGUUGACAAUGAUGGCAACAAAAUCGGAGAUAAGGAAGUUAUCGACUAUAUUCAAAGGAGAAUUGAAACUAGUGCUGGCUUUGUACCUUCACGAAGAGGCUCUGUAGGGGUAAUGCCUUCAGAAGAGCAUACAUCAAUUGAACUUGCUGGCACUGAUAGGCCUGGUCUAUUAUCUGAAGUAUGUGCAGUUCUUGCAGACCUCCAUUGCAAUGUUGUAAAUGCUGAGAUAUGGACCCAUAAUGCUAGGGCUGCAGCUGUAGUUCAUGUGACAGAUGAUUCAACAGGCUGUGCAAUUAAUGAUCCAAAACGUCUCUCAACAAUAAAGGAAUUACUUUAUAAUGUUCUCAAAGGAAGUGAUGAAUUGAAAACAGCAAAAACAAUGCUUUCAGCUCCAGGUGUUAUGCAUAGGGAGAGAAGGUUGCAUCAAAUCAUGUUCGCAGAUAGGGACUAUGAAAGGGUUGAGAGGGCAGGAGUAAGGGCAGUAGAGGAUGGGAGCUCAAGACCACAAGUUAGUCUGUUGAAUAUUGAGAAAGAUUACACCGUUAUUACCAUGAGGUCAAAAGAUCGGCCAAAGCUAUUGUUUGAUAUAGUCUGCACUCUUACAGAUAUGCAAUAUGUUGUUUUUCAUGGAAUGGUCAACACAGGAAGGAUGGAAGCUUAUCAGGAAUUUUAUAUUCGACAUGUGGAUGGGCUCCCCAUUAGCUCGGAAGCUGAGCGUGUUCGUGUUAUACAAUGUCUUGAAGCAGCCAUUGAGAGGAGGGCAUCUGAGGGGCUGAUGCUAGAAUUGUGCACUGAAGACCGACUUGGACUCCUGUCUGACAUCACUCGGAUAUUCCGGGAAAACAGCUUGUGUAUCAAGAGAGCAUUAAUUUCAACAAAAGGUGGCAAGGCCAAGGACACCUUCUAUGUCACAGAUGUGACAGGAAACCCGGUUGAUCCCAAGAUCAUCGAUUCUAUUCGUCGACAGAUCGGACAGAGCGCGCUACAGGUGAAACAUAACUCAAACCUCACACCUAAACCACCUCAUCAGGAGACAACAAUGGGUUAUUUCUUCGGAAACCUAUUUAAAGCACGAACUUUUCAGAAUUUCAAGUUAGUCAGAUCAUACUCUUGAUUUCUCUCCCUGUAUAGUCCCCCUUUGAAGCAGAUAUUUGUACAGGAAUAUCAGAUAUCAACUCAAACGAUAUACAUGGGGAGCAAGAAAAAGAAAACUCUGUAAAUCACUUUCUCCCUUGCUUAGUUCUAAUGUCCUGAUACUGCAAAGGAAAACAGAAAAAGACUUAGCCAGUCACUACACUGUAAAAGUUACUGCUGUUAUUUGUAUAUCUUUCAUUGUAUCUCUUGUAAGUAAUCUCUGUACAGUGUAAUAUUUUGCAAACUUUACAUGGAUUGUACAAAGCUAGAAGUUUGUAUAGAAA